CUAGGCAUGCAGACUGCUUCUACAAACAUUUGUGAAAGAAUGGGUCGCUCUCAGGAGCUCAGUGAGUUCAAGCGUGGCACCGUGAUAGGUUGCCACCUGUGCAAUAAGUCCAUCCGUGAAAUUUCCUUGCUAUUAAAUAUUCCACGUAAACGGUUAGUGGUAUUAUCACCAAGUGCAAUGCAAAGUGUCAUAUGCAUUGGUGUAAAGCAUGCCACCACUCUAGAGCAAUGGAGAUAUGUUCUCUGGAGUGACAAAUCACACUUCUCUGUCUGGUAAUUCGAUGGCCAUGUCUAGAUUUGGUGGUUGUCAGGAGAACGAUACUUGCCUGACUGUAUUGUGCCAAGUGUAA